CCGGUGCGGACGGAGCUCAAGAUGGCGGCCUCCUGGUCGCCCUUGGUUACCCUGCGCUCCGCGGCGCGCAGCCGGCUGGCCGGGAGAGCUGUGGGGCGCGGGCCGCGGGCAGUUCGAACCCCUCCUCCGGCCCCCGGCCCCGGGCGACCCCUUUGCAAAGCCUACACGGUCCAGACAUCCGAAGGUGUCCGCCCAACAGCGGCUUCCGAGGCGCAUUCAAAAGCUUUGAGUGUUUGCCGCGGACCUCUGGACCACUACGACUUUCUGAUCCAAGCUCAGGAGCUGCGGGACGAUGAACAUCAAAGAAGAGUCAUUCAGCGCUUGCAGAAGUUACUGGAGGACCUGAAAGGGUACAGCAUAGAGGAGGAAGGGCUCUUCUCAAAGCUUUUUUCAAGGAAUAAACCUCCAAAGGGACUGUAUGUUUAUGGAGACGUUGGUACAGGGAAAACAAUGGUGAUGGACAUGUUUUAUACCUAUGUGGAGAUGAAGAGGAAAAAACGGGUCCAUUUUCAUGGCUUCAUGCUAGAUGUGCACAGAAGAAUACAUCGCCUUAAACAGAGCUUGCCAAAAAGGAAGGCAGGAUUCAUGACUAAGUCCUAUGACCCGAUAGCUCCCAUAGCCGAAGAAAUCAGCCAAGAAGCUUGUCUCCUAUGUUUUGAUGAAUUUCAGGUCACUGACAUUGCCGACGCCAUGAUUCUGAAACAGCUUUUUGAAAAUCUGUUCAAAAACGGGGUCGUCGUUGUGGCAACAUCCAACAGACCACCGGAAGAUCUCUAUAAAAAUGGACUCCAGAGGGCUAACUUUGUACCAUUUAUAGCUGUCCUGAAGGAAUAUUGCAAUACAGUCCAGCUAGAUUCUGGGAUAGAUUAUCGGAAAAGGGAACUCACCCCUGCAGGAAAACUCUACUACCUCACAAGUGAUGCUGAUGUGGAGGCUGUCAUGGAUAAGUUGUUUGAUGAGCUGGCCCAGAAACAAAACGAUUUAACUAGACCAAGGAUUCUAAAAGUGCAAGGCAGAGAGCUGCGGCUGAAUAAAGCCUGUGGAACCGUUGCCGACUGCACGUUUGAAGAGCUGUGUGAGAAACCACUUGGAGCCAGUGACUAUUUGGAACUAUCAAAGAAUUUUGAUACGGUAUUUGUACGAAACAUUCCACAGUUUUCACUGGCAAAGCGGACUCAAGCGAGGCGAUUCAUAACUCUCAUCGAUAACUUCUAUGACUACAAGGUGCGCAUAAUUUGCUGUGCGUCGGCUCCUAUCCCCAGCUUGUUCUCGAUUCAACACCAUGACAGUGAGUUGGAGCAGAGCAGGAUACUGAUGGACGACUUGGGGCUGGACCAGGACUCAGCAGGACUCUCCAUGUUCACUGGAGAAGAGGAAAUCUUCGCAUUUCAACGCACGAUUUCCCGCCUCACAGAGAUGCAAACUGAGCAGUACUGGAUCGAAGGGGACAGAAGCAAGAAGUAAGGUCACUUUCAC